UCUCCCUUCUCCGUCUAGUAACUGCAUCCGAUCUCUGGUUAAAGUAUUGCACAUCAACACGCGCCAUGUACCCACACUCUAAGGCUACAUUCUCACGCUCCGCCACUUCCAUCGAUUAUUUGCCGUCACCGACCGCAGCCACGGUGCCACUACUCUUUCCUUCACUUCCGUCAAUGCAUUCCGUCUCGCCUUCUCAGAACCACCUCAUUCCAGACCGGCUCGCUGUCACUGAGUUCGACUCGCUGCUCAACUUGGAGAUGAGCCGCAACAAUAGUUGGAGCAGCGGUUGUAGCAGCUACGGCUGGCCCAGUUCGCUGGCGACCUACAGAACUCAACGGCCAAGCUUGAUGCAGAGGAGCGUGAGCAGCCUUUCGCUUCAGAAGAAUGACUAUCGCCACCCUGUUUCUGCUCUAUUUGCCGAGUUUCUUGACUCCGACGUCGGUCCGGUACGCAGAGUUUGCAGUACUGGUGAUUUGCAGAGGAUAAAGGGAAUGGAAGAGAGGAAUCAAGGGACAGAGAGUGCAUUGGCAAGGGAAAGCAGCAUGAUCAUAGAAGGGAUGAGCAGGGCAUGUCGUUACAGCCCAGAGGAAAAGAAGGUGAGGAUUGAGAGAUAUCGAAGGAAGCGAAAUCUGAGGAACUUCACCAAGAAAAUCAAGUAUGCUUGCAGGAAGACGCUGGCAGACAGCAGGCCACGCAUCAGAGGAAGAUUUGCGAGGAACGAAGAAACUGAUAAGAACCCUACAGGUCCGCGGAGCCAUGAAAAUGGUGUUGGAGUAGAGGAAGAAGAUAACGAAGAGGAGAAUUGGGUUAAUCUCUUUGAUAAUUUGGUCGCUGCAAAUCUUGUUCAAGAGCCUCAAGAUAGUUCUUCCUUUGGUCUCAUGUUUUAGAUCAAUAACGUACAGCUAUCAGCUUGAAUUGGAAUUGCGAUCCUCCUUUUAUGCAUUAGGGUGCCAAAAUUUAGAAGUACAGCACAUAUUAGCAAAUAAUGUAAAAAUGUAUAGUGAUUGGGAUGUGACCAUGUGCUCUUACUAGACUUUAAUCUAGCUAGGGUGAAGUUUUUUGAGUGCCCUUUUCACCUUUUUUUAGACUCUGCAUCAGCAGCAAUUGGUGCGUAUAAUUGUCUAUCAAAACUGAAAUAACAAGUUGUUAUAUUGGGGUUUCUCCAUGAUUA